AUAAAUUUUCGUUAUAAUUAACUAUAGUCAACUACAUAACUAUAUAAAAACAAAUAUAUACUGAAUAUAAAAUUAAAGUAUGUUUAAAUAUUUAAUUUUUCUGUCUUUAUUGAUAUUUACUGAAGCAGAGAAACAUAGAUGGCAUACAUCGCAAUUAGUAUUAAAGAAAUUGUACGACUUACAACAAAAACAUUUUGAUGCAUUCAGAGUUUACUUGAAUAUGGAAACAGAACGUUUGGAUAAAUUAAAAAAGUAAAAAUCGAAUAAUAUUACCUACUUAUUAGGUAGAUAAUUUAAUACUUACACAAGGGUUUUUUUAAAAUGUGAGAAAUCUAUUUAUACACUUCACAUUUUUCCGUACAAUUAGUAGUAAUGUUUUAUUUUUUUAUAUUGUGCCAAUACUUGAAAUACCUACCUACUUACCUAGAUUAAUGCAAUUAAUGCAAUCAAAUUUUAUUUUUAAUGAAGUUGUCUUAAAGUUCCAACGGUUUAUCUUUCUCGAUUUCACACAUUAUUUAAAAAUGGUUAAAUUACUAUACUUAUUUUAUGAAUUCGAUGCGCGAUGUUCCUGUUAAGCAUCAAAUAGAAAUAAUAGAUUUACAGUCACCAGUAACACGAUAUUCGCAAAAACGUAUCCAGACAAUCGCCUUUAAUUUUAGAUUAUGAGAAGAAUGAGGAAUGUAUUGGUUUUACAAUGAUGAUUAUUUAUUUAUUGAUAUUUAUGUGUACGAAAAUCUACCAGAAAUCGUGUUCUAAAGUAUCAAGUAUAGCACCUUUUCUGAAAGGGAAUUUUUCUGGGGUGGUACUUUUCGUAGGUAAUUUUUUUAUUUUCCCAAGGUUUUCAUACUAAAUAGAAAAACAUAGGAGAAACUGGACAAUUUUUGAAAAUAAUGCUUUUAUUAUUUUCAAUUUUGUUUUUUUUUUAUUGGAAUUCAAUGAAAAUAUUCGUAGAGACUUGAUAUUUUGACAGAAAUACAUUAUAUUUGCCUUUUAUAGAUGUGGUAAAAAAUAUUUGAGCAAUUUUUAAGCUAUUAGACAUUUCAAUUUUGUGAGUUUUUACGUAAUAUGUAUUUGGUAGGUACUUUGUGAAUAAAAUUGUUAUGUCAAACAAAAAUGUUUGAAAAUUUAACAGAAGGUCUUUAUAAGUUUUACUUGGUGGUUAACAAGAAAGAUUUGAGGUCAAUGUUAUACGUAUAUAUUUUCUUUUUUUAAGAAUUUUAAUAUCAAAUUUUGACGAAAAUUGUAAAUAUUACAGCCUUGUAUGUACAGCCUACAUGUAUUACCGAACUCUACUCAAAAUAACUUUUAGUUAGCAAAUAUUAAUCGUUGCGUACAGGUAUAAAUUAAAUUACUCUUUAAAUUCUACCUUCCCAACUUCUCACCAACAACAGUGGCCCACCCAUUGGGCGAAGUAUGUCCAUUUUUUUCGGUUGUAUUUCUUUUAUCAUUUUCAAAAAUUACAUAAUAUAUUAUUGAAAAAUAUUAUAGUAGAUAUGUUUAAAUCUACAUACAUGUGCAGAGGCGGAGUGGCUUUAAAAUUUUUACCGGACAAAUAUGUAUUAUGUCCAAGCAACUUUAAUUUCGACCAUAUCUCAAUACCAUAUUGAUAGCGGUAAACCUAAUUUAAAUUUUUGUUACCAUAGUUUUGUAAAAACUUUCAUCACCGAAUUAACUUUAUUAACACCACUUCCAUAGUAUCAUCCACCAUACAUAUUUUUUUUAUCAUUUUUAAGCCCAGGAAGUGUAUCUGAGUAUUUUGUAAAUUAUUUAAUGAAAUCAAAGCCUGUCGACGAAUGAGUAACACGAUUUGCGUAUUAUUUGGUAGAUGUAUAUAUAAAUGAUAAAGCUCAGUAUCCAUCUGAAAUAUGAGCACAAGCAUCGGUAGAGCCAACUUUAACUACUAAUGCAUGCGAGUUAUUUCAUUCUCACUUUAAUUCUAGCUUUUAUGCUACUCAUCCAAAUAUUUUCAUGUUCUUAGAAAAAUUAAAAAAAAUUCAAAUAGAAACAUAUAUUAAACUAAAUAGUAUAAAUGAACCUUUUAAAUACCAAAAUUCUAAAACAAAAAAAAAAAAACGCGAAAAGUUACGAAAUUUAAUUAAUAAAUAUAAUAGUGAUCAAACUUCAAUUGAUGAAUAUGUAUCAACAAUAUGUUAUUAUUUGUCUUAAAUCCUAAUAUUGUAUACUUCUUAAAACUAUAUAUUUUUUUAAAUUUUAAAUUUUAUUCUAUUAAUUAUUCAUAUUAUAUGGUUGUAACGAAUUAAGUAUAAAUUAAAGAUUGUUAUUUUACCCAAAUAAUUUUGUAAUUUUGUUUAGUUUUGCAAAAAUAUAGCAAUUAAUUUUUAAAAUUUUACCCGGGCGCAGUUUACAUAUUACCUUUGUACACUUGAUAAGAACUCGGGCAACUCGGGAACUUUUUUUCUUACAUCUGGAUAUUACUAAUUGUUUUCCAUUGUUAUUAGAGACAUUAUGGCUUACUACUAGAUUGGUAUUCUGUGAAAAUAAAAAAAAAUAAAAAAUAAAAUCCUGGUAGACCGUGAACCAUAAGACAUGUGUGAAUCAUUAACUUGAUUAGAUUACUGUCCACUGAAGUUUUAAAAUAAAUGAUACGAGGAAUUUAUAGCAUUAUAUAUAGUGUAUAAUCUUUGAUAACAUACAAUAUUCGUUUUUUAUGCAAAACAAUUUCUAAUCUUCAUGAUUUUUGUUUUUUAAAUAAUUUACUAGCAAAAUUUAAUUUUAUAUUUCCAUGUGCAUAGUAUUCAAUAUAAUUUAAACCAAUUUAAACAGUGACCCAGCCAAUAGCGAUUAUGUCAGGUUUUUCAAUUUGAGUGCAGAAAUAUUUCCUAUAAUUUUUUUCCUUUUACUUGGAAAACAUUUUGAUUUUUUACCCAGACGUCAAUUUUUCGUGUCAUUCAUUUUUAAAUAUUUUAAAAAGGUAAAAAAAAUGUACUUAAUACUCACGAUGACGGAUUUAUCAUCAAUGAUUAAAUAAUUGUGGUCUGUGAUGGACUAAGCGUACAAUAUUAUGCAGUUUAACAUAAUAUAGAAAAGCAUCAUCAUCGGGGAUAUUAUUAUUUAGAAUAUUAUUUUAUGAUUUAUUAUUAUAUUGUCUAGGUCUUAUUAUCCUAUUAUCUAAUUUAUUUUAAGAUAAUCGGUAAUAUGGUGACGGCGGUAACGCCGCUGGAUGUUCGUCACGUAAUUGCGUUAUCGCACUCGCAGACACAUGUCGUAUAGAUAAAUACAAGUAUUCAGUUAUUUUUCAAAUAGAAACAAGCCUCAGCUGUGACACAAUUGUGAGAUUUGGGCUAGUGCGAUAUUAAUUCUGUAAAAAUCUUAACAUUUCUUAACAUCUCUAAAGAACGGCGAUGAAUUUAAAAAUAUGAAUUAAUUCAAUAGAUAUGAUAUGAACAAAAAUGUUGUAAAAACUGAAAUUUUAAUAAUAUUAUAGUAUUGUCAAAAUUUCGAAAUUUAAAAAAGCUCUUCGACCAACCUCUAGAAGAGAUAUUCAGAAAUCUUAUUAUUUUUACUGGAUUAAAAUCGGACCAUCUAACUGUCAGAGCGGAAAGUCUAAAAACUAUUUUUUUUGACCGAAUAGAACCACUUUAAAAUUGAACUAAAAGACUACACAAAUUUAUAUUUUAAUGUCCCAUAUGUCUAAUUGAAAUUUUUUUAGAAAGUAACCACUGCCUCUGAAUGAAAUUUGAUUAAAUUUUAAAACCAGUGUCAGAAUUGAACUAAGCAAUCUCAAAAACAUUUAUUUUGAUAUGGCAUAUGCCAAAUUAUAAAUUUUGUUAGUUAAAACAAAUUAACUUUUAUUUUAGAACACUGUGCGGAGUGUCGUAAAAAUUCGAUCAUUUUUUCCAUACGUUUUUCCAAUUUCUUCCCAAUUUUUUCGAAAAUCACUUAAAAAGUUUAAAUUGACUUCCUCAAUGCACCAACUAGAUCUAAAAAGUAACGAAAAAUUUUGGUAGUAAAAAUGCUUCAGACACAAAAAAUAAAACGAAAUAUAAAAAAAGGACGGGCAAACUUUGCACGUAGAUGCAGCCACUGUUGUAGGUGGGAAGUUAGGAAGGUAGGCUAUAUACGGGAAUUUAAUGUAUAUCUGUAAGUCACGAUAAGUCAUUGCUAACGAAAAAAUGAUUCUGAGCCCAGUUCAUUUGAUAGUGUUGUUUUAUCAACAAUAUGUAUGUCAUAUUAUGGUAAAAUGAUUAUAACAAUAUGCGUUUUCAUGAUAACAAUAAUUGUUUAAAAAUAUUAAAAUGAUAAAAACUUAAUAAUAUUAAAAAAUAUAUAAAAACGAUUGCCAAUGACAACCUUAUUUUUAAUCAUUCAAUUCUUUUUAACUUAAAGACUAAGGUUUCCUCAUAAUUUUGAAUAAUAAUGAGAAUUUAUAAAAAUUACCUCUCUAAAGCACCACCCAGAAAUAAUUUCUCUUCAGAAAAGCUGCAAUACUUGAUAAUCGGAGUAUGCUUUCCUGUAGAAAAAGUGUUAACAUAAAAAAAAAAAAAUAUAAACAUCAUUGUAAAACCAAUAGAUCUCUCGCUAUGCACUGAAUAUAAAAAUAGAUCUACAAAAGUAUAGUCUGAAUUUCUAAAAUAAUAGUUACCUAUUUAAUUUUAUUUUUAUAUGUUUAUUAUAUUAUAAUAGGUACCUACUUAUAUUUAAAUAAAUAAUUAGUAUUUUAGACGAAUCUAAUAAAUUACGUAAUCAAAAAUGUAAUGGAAAAAACAUGCACUGCUUACACAAUUCGAAUAAUGGUUUGGAAGUUUUAACUCAAAGAAAUAACCGAUUGCAGAAAAUUGAAGAUCUAACGAGGGAAAGGAAUUUAAUAAAAGGUAAGACUGGGGUUAGUCAAACAAAAUUGAUUUUUUUAUUUUUCUAUUUUUAUUCGACCUAAGAAACCGGUUAACGUUUUUUUUAAUGGUAUAUUACAAAUGUUUUUCAUGAAUUAAUUUAGUUUUUAUGAAAUCUAUAAAAAAAACCAAUAAUAAAUAUAUAAGAGACACAUUAAUGAAAUUCACCAGUUUCUAGUUUUUAGUCACUUUGUAAGGAAAAAAACAAAACAAAAUAUAGGUAAAUUUAUAAUUUAUUGUACUUGUCUAUAAUAAUCUAUGAAAUAAAACAUGAUAAUGAACAAAAUAUUAAAUGACAAAUAAAUAUAAUCACCUAAAUAUAGUUAUUACCUAAUGGUACCAUAAUAGGUAUGGUACCAUAGGUAUGGUUAUUUUUGUUUGUCUACCAUAGGUAGCUACAAUAUCUUAAAAAUGAUUAUGUUUAUCGCGGUAUGUUCUCAAAUAAGGGUGGACUGGCUCCUUCAGAGUAGCCCGGGAAUUUUUUCUAAAGCAGCCCAAAAACCAUUAUCUAACCUAAUACAGUACCUAAUACCUAAUACUAUUAUAGUAGACAUGUUUAAAAUAUCACACAUUUUUUGAAUUGAAUAUUCAAAAUAUAAAUAAUAACAGCAGAUAUAUAACACGUUUUAGAAAAACAUGGUAAUGAUUAUUUAAUGGCUCAAUAUAAUUAAUUCAUAAUUUAUGGAAUUUUUUGUUUUCUUUGGGCUAAACGGUUUAUAACAGUUUGGUACAGUAUAUCAUUUAAAAUACUUAAAACAUUCUGUAGCCAUUUAAACAAAAGCUUCUAGGUUAUCCUGUCAUAUUAUUCCUAUAAAUGGUUUUCAUCUGAAAAAGAAAAUUGAAUUAAUUUUUAUAUUAUAAAAAAAAAAAUUAAAAUUCAAUAAAUUAUGUUAAUUAAUAAAUAAUGGCUAUUUUAUUAUUUAAAAAUGUAAUAUUUACUACCUGCUUUAAUUUUGAGAAUGCUCGUUCACAAGUUAUUUAUGUAAUGGAUAAAGUUAAUAAGGUUUUAUAAGCCUUAAAUAGUAUAAUAUAUGUUUUACUGUAUAUAUUAUGCUUAUUUAAUAAUAAAGUACAACAAUCAUAAAAUAUUAAUUUACAGAAUAUUAAAGUCUAACUAAUGGUAAGAUUAUUUUACCUGGAUUAUCGAAGUUUUCGUGUUCAUAUUUAUAAUGAAUAGUUUUCAUGGUACACGGUUAUUUUUUGUGAAAAAUUAAUUAACUUAUCUCGUAAUAUGACUUUAAUACGUUCUGUCAUAUGAUAUUCAUUAUCAUCGAACUUUGAAUUUUCAUUUUCGUUUAAAUGCUAAAAUUAGAUGGGUUAUUUUUUUAAAAAUAUGUUUUCCUGAAAUAUUUUCAUAUUUAAUCAAAAAAUGAUAUAUCGGCGUAAAAAUCCUUAUAGUUAAUAAAUCGUUUCUAUAAUCUUGAGAUAGCAGAAUCCAUUAUUCAAUUAAAAGCACUUAUUUUAUAUCGUUGGGCUGUGUCAGUUGCUAAUUUAUCAGAAGUUUUAGUUAUAUAUUUACCUUUUUUGGCACCUUUUUUAGUUAGCGGAAAUGAUGAUUCUACUUCAACUUCAGAAUCCAUUUCUUCUAGUUUUUUGUUUUGAGUGACUGCGAAAAUUUUAGCGGUUUCAUAUAUAUCUUCAAAACAUCUGAAAUUGUUUUGUAAUGUAUCAAUCGCCGAUCUAACUAAAUGAUGAGCUUGCAUAAAAUUUAAUCUAGGAGUUUUGUAAAUAAUUGGAUAGAGGCGUGGUUGUUUAAAAUAUUUUUAAGUAAAUAUUGAUUGUUAGUUAAACUAUUUAAUAAUAUCAAAGUAUCAGAUCUAGUAUUUUUAAUGAAUUUUUCUGACGACGAUAUUAAAUGUAAUGAAUUAACUAAAUCUAUAAACAGUGCUGUAUAUGAAUUUUCAUACUGGCCAAAAAUUUUACUCAAUGCAUUAUUCUUUGCCCACCAUUGAGUUAAAUUUGCUUUAGUUAAACAUUUUGAUAAAUUUUGUUUUGAAUGACAUUUGUUUGAUUAGUUAACCCAUGUGUCUAUUCUACGAUAUGAUUUACAAAAAAAUACAGCGCAUUUGUAUGAGUACAUUAGUUUCGAUAGUACCUUUCAUAACUAAAUUCUAUACGUGUGCGUAACAUCAUGUAUGAAUAUAUCCUGGAGUUUAUUUUCAAGUCAUGUUCAAGCUUUGCUUAUUUGAUGGACUUCAAGUUUCCACAAAUAUUUUUAACUAAAUCAAAAAAAAAUAAAAAAAAAUUGAAAACAUAAUUUAUUUCGUAAAUUUUUCUGUUUUUUCUAAAUUUCCCCCCAAUUUUUCCAAUUUUUUUUCUAGGUUUUUCCCAUUAUGAAAACAGCUGGGAAAAUUUCCUUUCGAAAAAAACGGUACAAUUGAAAAUAAGGGUAAAAUUUCUGGUAGAAAAUUUGUUCACUGAAAAAAAAAAGAAUAUUAAACACCAUUGUAAAACUAAUACAUUUCUCGCUCUACUCAGUAUCUAAAAUAUACUCAAUAGCAGUGUUGAAGUACUAAAGGAAUGAUUACUUCGAAGGAUUAGACGGAGUUGAUUCCAUUAUUUUUUAAAGGAUUAAGAUCUUGAAUUAAUUCUUUAUCUUAGGAAUUAUAACGUAACUGUUUUAAUUCAUUUAUUUUUCUCAAAAAUAUGUUUUUAACACAUUUGGAAGGUAAAAUUUUGUUGAUCAAGUUUUAAUUGAAUAAACGAGACGUAUUAAUCCGAUGAAUUUUUUAUGUUAACAUUCAGACAAGUGAUUUAUUUGAAUAAAUUAAUACAAAUAGAAAUAAAGGAAGAAGAUAAAGAAAUUAUUAUUAAAUUUCCUAAACAUUUUAAAUGUGUCAAUCAUACUUAUGAUUGCAAAAUCUGGUAUAGAUAAAAUGAUUAAAAGUUUAAAUAUUGACGAUCUGUUAACAAAGUAUUAAAGAGAUCAUUUCCAAAUGUUCAGCAAUGUGGAGUAAACAAAACCAGUCAACUUUAGUUGCUAAUUAUGUAAUAAUGUGUUUUCGGAGAUUUUUUUAAAACACCAAAUCAAAUCAAAUGGAGUUUCUCAAAACAGUAUUAAUAAUAGUAUUAACAAAAUCAAUACGGUUUUGAACUAUUGUGAAAUAUUACGAUUCACAUAUCAGGAAAUGACAUUACUAAUAUUUCAAUAUUGUGAGUUAACGGAAAAUUAAAAACUAUUUGAAUAAAAACUUUUUUUUUUAAUACAAAACAUUAUGGCGUUUUAAACGAUUUCACCAAACUUUUCCUUCAUUUCGGUCUAUUAUGAAAUUAAAAUGAUCGUUGUUGUUGAUGUUUACAUUUUUUUAUUUUUUGUUCAUCAUUAUACUAUAACUGUGCCUUCUACAAACCAAUUACCCACCUACGUUCACCCCCUUUUUUUAGUUUUAGAUUCUGAGUGUAGUGAUAAAUGUAUUGGUUUUACUAAGAUGUUUAUUUUAGUUUUUUUUUUUUCCUGUGUAGAAAAAUUUGGCUAUAAAUCUUGCUUAGAUAUAUACGCGCGGUACUAUUUUUGAAAGGCAAUGUUGUCAAGAUGGUACUUUAAGGAGGUUAUUUUUUGAUUUUCUAUACGGUGACGGUGCUCCUCCUUCUCGUGCGUCUUUGGUGAUGUAGCUGUCUUGACUCCUGACUAAGUUCAGGUUCUCCUCGGUGAUGAUUCCAGUCUCCUUAUAUAUGGUUGUCGCCUCGAUCGGGGUCUAGGUGGUGGUGGAUGUUGACGCCGUUGUUUACUGGUGGCACGUUGUCCGUACCCGGACACGUUUUCCCCUUAGCUCAUGAACACGUAUCAUUCGUUGUUGGGAACGUUGUUGGUUUACCACACCCGUAUUAAUGGCCCUGAGGUGCGUAUACUUAAUGCAACGACCAAUUUCAUAUCUUGUCACGUGGAAUUAUUAAUAUAUAAUUAACAAACUUUCCACGUAAAGGACAGAGUCUGUAACAAUACAUUCGUAUCUGAUCAGUAAUAGCAGUUUUAAUGUCCUGAAAAUUAGCGUGAAAACCGUUAAUUUUCGAUAAAAUAACACAUUACUAUCUUAAUGUUUAUCUAUAUGACUAUAUUAAAUGGACGUUUGGCAUUAUUAAAUAAAUAAUUACGUGAUAAGGAAUCAUAAUCAGCAUGGUUAUCUUCUAUUGAAUAUUAAUUGUUUUCACGCCUAUUUUUUAUACGUUAAAGCCACUAUAACCAAAAAACUGUUAAUGGUACAUUAAAAUUUUGAGAAUAAUUUAUUUUACAAAAUGGCUAUUUUAAAAACUUUAAAAAGUUAUUUUUUUCAGUGAUUAAAGGAUGGAAUUGAAAAUUUAAUUUACUCUAUAAAUGUGUCCCCCUCAAACAAAACCCGAUUGAAAAAAAAAUUAUUUGAUAACACUGUAAGACAUUCUGAAUACAGUGAAACCCAAUAUGAUGGACUUCCAUUUCACGAAAUAUUUAUAUGAAACUAGGACUUUUUUUGUUAAUUAUAUGUAAAUUUAUUUCCGAAUAACGAAUCUGAUAUGUAUCUAUAUGUAUCUACAUGUAUACAAGAUGUAUACAAGAUGAUCCAUUUAAUUUUCACCGACCAAAACUUAAAAGUGGAAUAUCAACACCAAAAUGUAUUUUAACUAUUACUUCAUCUAUACGGUUUUUAGUAAAAACUAUAGUUAUAGGUGUCAUUUGAAAAUCAAAAGUAGGUUGUGAGUUUCUAUUCAAGGUUCUAUUUUAUUUCUUUCAGCCACAAUCACCCCAUGCACAAGAUGAUUAGGUCUGCCAAUUUAGUUUGAUCUUGCCUUAAUUGUUAUCAUUUUUUUUUUUAUAAUCAACUGUUUACUUAUAUUGUAUAGUUUAAUUUGUUGUGUAGUAAAUAUUGUAAUAGCGAUGUCUUAUAUUCUACCUUUAUCUUUGUAUAGAAUUAUCUUUUUUUUUCUUACCUUGUAAAAGCCUGUUAGCGUUAUUCAAUAAAAUAAAUAAAUGCAUUUUAUAUAAAACAUAUUCCAGAAUAAUGAGUGUACUACUUACAUGUAUCAUCUUGUAUGUAGUGAAUAAAUUAUUCAAUAAAAACCUGUUUUUGUAAAUGACUAUCAAAUAUUAAAUAAGGUUUUAAAAUUAUAUAUAUCUAUAAUCUUAUUGUAUCCGUUAAGAUAAAUCAUUGAAGGUAGGCAAGUCGGUUAAUUUUACAAUUUUACUGCAGUAUUGUAGAUCCAAUAUUGACGUAAUAUUGACAUAAUCGAGAGAGUGUACAUAAUAAAGAAGAAAAUCAAGUAGGUCACACUAAUAUACUAGCUGAUAAAACCGGACCAAGUUUUGCUUGUAAAAUAACAAUUGCACGAAAUCACCACCUAGUUGAGUACCCUUUGAUUAUUAUAUGUCUUAAAUAUCUAGAUAUGUAUGUUAUUAUAAAAUCAUUUAGACUAUUAAGAGUUUUUCAAUUAUUUCCUUAAGAUCACUACAAUGUUUAUUCUGGUUCAAUUUAUGAUCUAUGCUAUCCUCCCAAAACAUUUUUUUUUUUUGCAACAUAUUCUGAACCUAGCAUUCUACUUCCAGAAAAAUUGCUACCAUUUGGUGGCAUUUAGCCCACCAAGUCAAGUUCAUAUCAAGUAAAUACUAAAUAUACAUUAUACAUAUUAUGUGGCGUUAACCUCCACCCUCAAAUAUUUUUGAUAUUUCUUCUAAUGAAUAUAUUAUUGAAAUAGUGAAAUAGUUUAUUCUGACUUAUGUCGCUAGAAUUACUGCCGAUUGGAUUACUUGUGCUGUGUCAGUAUUAUUACAAAUUACAAUAUUAUGUAUUCAAAUAAUAAUAGAUAUAUAGUAUCUAUACUAAAUUCUUAUUCUUAGGAAAGAUAGUUAGACAUUUUAAUUUUCGACAAUUUGUGUAAAGAGCAAUGGUUUUUUGGUCGAGAAUAGAAAAUAAUUGUGAUUUCAUUCAUAAUAUUAGCAUUAAUAUUUAAUAUAUCAUUAUAUAAAACCAAAUAGCUUUUAAAAAAAUCGGUAUUAAAAAAAAACUCAGCGGGGAUACUGUUACUUUGGCUUUACAAGGAUUAAAGAGAAUUCAACGAUUUUAUGAGAUUCCUGCAUCCGAAAUGGCCAAUGGUAGACAUAACAAUCGAAUUAUCGGUGAUCAGUUGAACGGUAAGUAUAAUUACCUACCUAGUACAUUAACCAAUAUUAUGAACAAUUUUCAAUUUGUAUAGUUUGUGAAUGCUAUGUAAUAUCGAAGUAUUGUUUCAAAAAUAAAGACAUGUAUGGAGCCAUUGAUUGGGCUAUACAAGCUUAUAAUAAAUGGAUAUUUGAUGAUCGGCUAAAAUGUAUGGAUAUAAACAAAUUAAAACGCUACAUAAUUGCAUCAUCGAUAUACACAGGUACUAAUCUCAUUGUAUUAUAAUUAUAGGCAUACGCGUGGGACGAAAGGGCAGGGUGUGUAACUGCCUUCUCUGAAAGAGGAAUUUUUUUUCACAUAAAGCAAGAAUGAGCAAUUCAGUUACUAAAUAAUUAAUUCGUCUAAAUGGGUAAUGAAAUAUCCAAAAUUAAACUGAUCGUCAAAUUGUAUUUUUAUAACUUCAAAAUACGGAAAAUGUAUUUAUUUCUUUUCAACAAUUUAAAUUGUAUACACUAUCAACUAUUUCUUGAAUCCAUAUAAAAACCUAAUAAUUUGUUUUAUUUUACAUACAAGUAGUUAAUACUAGACAAAUUUUAAUUUUUUUUCGAAAAUAUGAUUCUUCAACUUCUGGUUUAUUUCAAAAAAGCCCUACCAGUAAUUUUACAGAAAUGAUUUCCAUGGCGUAAAAACUUAAUUAAACUUAAAAUAUUUAUUAGAACAUUCUUUUGUAUUAAAAUAAAAGUGAAAAUCUUGUUUGUAAAUUUGCUGAGCCGUGUUAUGAUUAUUAAAACUAUUAUGGGCCAAACCUAAUUUCAGGAUAAAUUUAUCCUAGGCCAAACUAUUUUGCCGAAGUCUGUUUGGACAAACAAAACUAGUUACCAUUCUUUUUCAUCUUUCUGAGCUUUUUGAAUCUAUCGUUCUAAUUUCUUUACGUCUCAAUCACAUCCUUGUUGAUGAACAACAUGGAUUUCUUCUAGGUCGUUCCACCAUACCAUAUAACUUAGUACUCACUAUUUAUAUUUACGACUCUUUCCGUGAUCCUAAACAAGUUGAUGUAAUUUAUACGGAUUUUUCCAAAGCGUUUGAUCUCGUGGAUCACUCUUCUUAUAAAAAAUGUAAAGUCUUGAUAUCAGUGAUCCGUUACUCUCUUGGCUUUACUCUUAUUCAUCUCACUGUCAUCUCUAUGUCUUUAUUCUUGGUUCGUCUUCAACUCUUUUGUUCCUUUUUCCAGCGUCCCCCAAGGAGUUAUAUUCCCCCUCUAAUUUUUGUCCCCUUUUUUAAUUCCACUUCUGUUUUUUUUUUCAUUCUAAACUUCUAAUAUGUGCUGAUGACAUAAAAUCGUACCCCCAAAUCAAUUCUAUUAAUGAUUGUUUUCUCCUCCAACAGCGUCUUACCAAUUUAGUUUUGUAGAAUGAGUCCAUCGGAUAUUUGCCGCAAGGGACUUUAGAUUCUCAGCUUUAUCCUCUGAACCUCUGCUGUGUUCCAACUUUUAUCCCCCCUCAAAUCACUCUACUAUGCUAUGGUUCGUCUUUUGCUUGAAUACGGCAGUGUUCUUUGGGAUCCUUCUAUCGUUUAUGCCAGCGCUUCUGAUGAACGUGUCCAGAGAAAAUUCCUCUACAUUGCAGCUUAUCGUUUUAAUAUCCUUCAUCUUCCUCAUGAUUACACACCUGUUCUUCGUACUAUGAAUAUUUCUUCGUUAGCGGACCGUCAGCAUGUGUAUAAUCUCUUCUUUCUUUCCAAUUUUCUUUCCGCCAAAAUCGAUUCUCCUUUUCCCUUGUCCCUAAUAAAUUUUCAAGCCCCAUAUCGUAUCACUCAAAGUUCUGUACCCUUCCAAAAUCCAAGCUCCUCUUCUAAUUACCUUGACAAUUCUCCUCUUGUCUGUUUCAUAUGAGCAGUAAAUUAUGACCCCUUCUUUUUCUUCAAUUUUGGAGCAAAGUCUUGGAUCGCCUUGACUCUACAAAUAAAAAACUUCAAACAGUAGAAAUUUAUAUUGUAUCUGUAAUUUGUUUGUAUAAUUCAUUACACCAAUAUGUUAAAGAAAUGAGAAAUAAUAUGUUUGAUACAUAUAUAUAUAUAUAUAUAUUAUGAAAAUUUAGCUAUAGGGAAGUCGGGUUUAAUUUAUUUGACUAAUAUACGAAGAAAAAAAAGGAAGUUACAAUAUGAUAAAAGUCCUGGAGAAGAAAUAUAUUUGAUUGUCGUCAAUCAUUAAAAGUGAACACCUACUUCGUCAUUUUGGAUAAACUUGAUGUUAAAUUGGAAAAAAGAAUAAAGUAUUAUGAAGAUAUAAAACAAAAAUUCUCAAUUUUACUGAAGUUUAAAACUUUUUCAUUUUCUGAAUUUGAUGAGAGUGCAAAUGAACUUUGUAAAAUAAUAUAUAAUAAUGAUUUAGAUGAAAGUUUUUCUAAUGAAUGUCAAAAUGUUCGAAACUACUUUUUAAGUAUACAACAAAUCCCAAUGUUAAUUAUAGACAUUUUAAUUUUGAGUUUUUUACGUAAUUUUUAUAGAUACUUUGUAGUUUUUUUAUCAUACAAAUUUACUCUCCAAAGCGGCUACACACCAAAAUGGUAAUGCCAAAAUGUCCUAGAACCCUUAUUAUUAUUGUUACUCUUUACUGUUUAUAUCUAAAAGUAAUGUUUCAUUUUUUAUUCAAAGGACACAUUAACUGCUUAUAAAUAAAUAAUUUUUUUUAAUUAGAUAGGUAUAACCUUGAAAAGGCAUAGUUAGUAUAUAAUAUAUUAUUUAGUAAAUAGUUGAAGUUCUUUUAAAGGAAAUAACUAUGUAAAAAUAUUGAAUUCAAAUGGAAUACAUUACUCAGAACACGGUUCAAAGCUCAGACAAUAUAACGAUCUAAUGAGAGGUGACAUAAAAAAUGAAAACCAUUCAACUGUUGAUAUAUUCUAUGCAUAUCGGGUGAGCAUAAUAUUAAUUAAUAAAUAUUUAUUAGUUAAUUACCAAUCUACCAAUAAUACAACUGUACAAUUUAUUUAAUAUUAAAUCGGUUAAUGUUAGGAUUUGGAAUCAUAUCCAAAUGAAAAGAAAUUUAAAGAAUUAUGUAAUCUCGGUAGAUCCACCCGAACGUUAACUAAAGAUGCAAAGUGUCAAUACCAAACAAAAAAUUCAUCUUAUCGAUUAUUGAUGCCUUUUAAAGAAGAACACGUAGAAAAUAAUUUAAACAUGAAAAUAUACCACGAUGUUUUAUAUGACAAUGAAAUUAUAAAAAUUAAAUCUUUAGCUACCGAUAAGGUAAGUUAAAUGUUUAUAAAAUAUGAGUGUUAUUGGAGGUAUUUCUAUAUUCAUAAAUUGUUAGAAAUUAGCUAGAAAUCGAAAUGACAUGAUAUAAAAUUUAUGUUUAUGGUGCGAUCUAGAAAGUGACAUCCAGACCUUUUAUCAAUGGAUAUGAACGAUGCCAUAUUGCGUAAUUUUUCGUCCAAAUAUCAUUACCAGCAUAGACGGAAUUCUAGUCCGUGGUUAUCACUAAUGUUGUAUUUGGACAGGAUAUAUAGAAACUGAUCUAAACAUAAUAAAUUAUCGAUUUCCAAAUAUUUAUUUCAAACUUAGUGUUUUAAUAAUCAAUUUUUAAUAAUAAAUUAAACGUCUAAUAGAGAUGACUCAAAACACAAUUUUGUCAACAAAAAAUUGAUUUAGUAGGUAGUUCAAAGAUUAAAAUUCAGGGGUGGUCAAACGGAAGAAGAGAUGAGGGAGGUUAUAUCCUACAUUAUCUUUUUUUUUUAACAUAAUUAUAACAAUAAAUAGGGAGAGUUUUUGAUUAUAGUUGCUCCAUUUGUAUAGUUAAAUUGUGCAUAAAUUGAAAUUAAGAUUUUUAAAAUUUUUAAGUGUAGGUAGUGAAAAAAUAUGCUGUAUAUGAAUACUCAGAUUUUUAAAGCAAAUAAUGAGUUACAUUGCGGCGAUCAAAACUAUAGUUUUUUAAAAGAGAACUUACACGUUUUGUUGAAAAUUGACAAUUAGAUAGCUUUCUGAAAAUGUUGACGCAUUGAUUCAAUCCUUGAUUAAGGGGGGUCCAUGGUUCCCAGGCCCUAAUUUAUGCAACAUUUUUUUUACUUUUAUCACUUUAUAACUCGAGCAGGUAUCACAUAAAUCUUUCUGUCCACAAAGACAACUCUAGUAACUUUUUUCAUUCAAAGCCAUCUUUGAUGUGUUGACAUAGAUCUAUAUCUAGUACCUACCUUGUGUACGCUUUCCCUGAUCUAAAGCCAGUUUGUUCUGCGAUGAGUAUCUUUUCGACCGGGUUCUUAAUACGGUUGAUGAUUAACCCUUCAUAUAGCUUGUAGAUGUGACAAAGCACAGAUAUUGGUUUCUGAUAUUAGUUUUUCAGAUUUUUAAGGUCUUUACCGGGUUUUGGUAGGGCUACUGUAUUUGUUUUUCUCCAGACUUUAGGUGUAAAGGAUCUAUGCUAACUUGAGUUGAGAAACUGAAAUGUCCAAUUUCUGGUUUUUAUACCGGACAUUUGUAUCUGUUCUAUUGUAAUUUCAUCUAUACCAGGUACUUUUCCAUUUUUCAUAUUUUUUUAACACUCAUUUAGUUCAUAUAGGGAGAUAUCCUGUGAUAAUCCUGUUCUCAUCGUCUUUAUCUUUUCUGUUAAGUUUUUUCUUUUGAUUUUUGUCCCUGGCUUGUCAUUAAAAUUGUCAUGUAGAAUUCUUGUCAAAAAGAUAGUGAAAAAUUGAUAAAAUGCCAAUAUGAUUAAGAAAUCUACAUUUUAAUUGACUUAUAAAGUAUGGAUCUAAGUAUGGAAUAAAAACCAAUAUGCGAAAAUAUUCUUCAGGAUAGUUUGUACAUUUAAUUGAUAUACUUGUCCUUUUGUAAUUCUUGGAAUAUCCAUUAAACUUGUCAGAAAUUUGUUUGGCAGCUAAAAAAAAUGUCUUCAUCAUUUUAGAUUCCGAGUGGAGCGAAUAAUUUUAUAAAGAUUUAUAUAUUUUUUUUUUUUUUUUUUACUUGCAAAUUUCUUCAAGAGUUUCUUCUACACAUUCAAACUGUUGAACGUAAAACCAAUAAUUGGUGACUGUGUAUAUUAUCAGCACUCGCGCUAAAGUUAAAAAAGCUGUCUCAAUUAAAAAGAAAAAUAAAGUUCACGGACAGUGUUGUGUAACUUUGAUUAAUCAACUUCGUGGUACUUAUAUUCUAUAUACGUGAGCAGUAGUAGUGUUGGUUCCUCUCGCAUGGCAACAGUUUUGUUUUAUUCAUUUUUUGUUUGUUAAUUUUGAUAAAUCUUCGGCUUUCAAAAUUCUGCACUUGGGUGCAGUUACCUCAUUAAUUGCGCAUACUCGAACAUUCGGUGUCAUCAAAAUAGUUUGUAAUGUUAGAUCGCAAAACAUACGUCUAAUUCGAUUUUUUUAAUACUUGUUCAAUUUAUUUAUUUACUUUAGUUUUUUUGUUUAAUUUAGUGUAAAAAUUGAUUAUAAACUAGUAUUAUAAUUCGUGUCAUUGUCAACAAUCGUCGUUAUAUUUGUUUUUUUUAGAUUAGGUAUAGCGAUACUGGCCAGUCUUCUGCUACAUUUGUGAUUGUGAGUACCUUUUAUUUGUAUCAUUAUUUAUUAUUGUUGUUGCCUACCGCUAUUAGUAAACCAUCUUUACCAAGUAAAUAUUUUAUCUAUAUACGUCUGCACUUAUCGUCGAGGUUUUAUUCUGUCAUAAUUGCAUUUCGUUCUAUUAUAUGGCAACACAUGUUACCAGCAACCAAGUUUUCAUAUAGUUUUGUUAUCUCUAUUGUAAUUUUGUCUUAUAGUUAUAGAUAGGGUGUCCGGGGUGCGCAUAAUACCAUUUUAUGCAUCCGGCCCGUACACAAACAGUUCUAAAAAAUCACUAACUGAAUGAUAUCGUUCAAUACAUCUAGUUUCAAAAUUUAUUUUUAAUGUAAUAUUAUUUUCUGACAUUUGAACAGCUUUUGAUAGUACAGAUUUUCAUUUCGGAAAUAAAAAAAGUCUCUCAAUUUUCCUAUCGUUCCUAUACAGUUGUGUAUUUGGAAAACAUUACAUGAUACUGGUACAGUAAGAUUCACAGAAUGAGCAGUACAAUGUACAUAUAUAACUAAAGGAUGUUUUUUUUUUUACAUAAGCUGAACUCCAUUAAAUUUUCCAGUUAUUGUUGCUGCACCAUCAUACAUCUAACCUCGAAGAUAUUGUGUAUCUGUACCAAAUUGUCUGAGAUAUUUUUCUGUGGACAACUUUUCUACCAGAGAACUUGAUCCGAUUUUUACGUGGAGUAUUUUUUCUGAAAGGAAAUCAGUAUGAGGAGUAUUUUAGAGAGGUUAUUUUUUAAUUUUCCCAUCAAAUUCGAAAAACUGAAAAUAAAACAGGAAGACGUAUGAAACGUACAAUAUUACGAUUUUUUUUUCUGUGGACAACUAUUUAACCAGAAAUUUUGCCCCGAAUUUUAAUAAUAGCAAUUUUUUUAAAAGGAUAUUUCACUAGGGAGGUGCUUUACAGAGGUCGUUUUUCGAUUUUUUCCGGAGUUUUCUUCGCAAAUAAGAAAAAUUGGGAAAAAAACAUUGGAAAACCGGGAAAGCGGUACAACAUUAAAUAAAUAUUAUUAAAGAAAAUAUAUAGAGCCUAAUUAAUUAUUUUACUACCUAUGGCAUCUAUAUUGUUGACAAAGCAUCGCUAUCAACUGAACUCCGCUCAUAAUCGUUUUUUCGUAUGAAAUGGUUUAUUGUUGCUUACAGUUAAACAUUAAAUUAUCUAUACCAGUGGCUGCACCCGUCCCCAUUAUCCUAGGACGUCUUUUUUAGUGUUGACUUAAUUUUAAAUUAAUCAAUGAUACAUUUUUAUAUAAACAUACAAAAUGGCUAAAUAAAUUGGAUAUAUGUUCUAAGUAGAAGCUUGUUUUUUAUUAGCCUAGGGGUGCCUUUUAUGUAAAUCUGACCUUGUAUAUAAAUGCAUUUUUAAAUAUUUACCCAUAUAUUCAAAAUAUUUAGAAAGGCGAUCUAACAUUAAUUUAUCAAAAUUUUAAAAAUAAUUAAUUGUAUAUUCAUAUUUAUAUUGAUCCCAACUAUUUGUAUGAUUACAUAGUUGAUUGACUCCGGUGUUAGAAAUAUUGAUGGUAGUUACAGAUUGAGUGAAAAUGUCCGUUCUAGCCAAACAUGUUGGAUAGAAAAUGAUCAAGCAGAAGGACAUUUUGAUGAAAUAGAUAUUCGAAUUGGAUCUAUAACUGGUCUCUGUACACAAACUGCUGAAAGAUAUCAAGUUGUCAAUUAUGGUUUAGGUGGCCAUUAUAUUCCACACCAUGAUGCACUUGUUAAAGGACAAGUAUGUAUCAUACAUGAUAUUUUGUAAAAAACAAAAAUGUUUUUGAGAAAUGUUAAACUAAUUGUGUUUUUUACUUUUAUUUGAGUGUGCAAAAUGCUGAUACCAAUUAUAUACAAUUAUAGUCAAUUCAAAUUUAGUUUAAUAUCAAUUUUAUUUUUCAGUAUAUUCCAAUUUUUGGUAACAGAUUGGUUACUGUAUUAUUAUAUGUAAGUAAUGUUUACAUUUUUAUUGUAGAUAUAAAUUAAUUGGCAUUUUUAUUAGUUAACUGACAUUGAGAAUUAUGGCCAGACCGCAUUUCCAAUGUUAAAUAUUAUUUCUCCAGUUGAAAAAGGAGCAGCACUGGUUUGGUAUAAUCUACAGAUUAACAAUGGAAAAUUAAAUUAUCAAAGCCUUCAUGGAUCAUGUCCUAUAUUAACAGGAAAUAAAUGGAGUCAGUACCUAGAAUAAGUAUUUAAUGUGUUAUAAUCCAUUGUUGAAAACAAUAUCCAAUUAUGAAUUAAAAUAAAUAAUCAUAUUUUAUAGAAAAUUGAUAUAACCAGUGAAAAUCGAAAAUCGUUCUGUAAAUUGUUGGUUUAAUAAUCUAUUAGUUAGGAUAUUAUUCACAGAACAUUUUAUGUUAAACAGCUUUGAUGAUAUUACGGAACUAAAGUCAGUUCGAUAAAUCUGUGUUUAAUGGUGACCAGUCAAAAUAUCUCCGGCCAAAAUAUCUUGAAUAACAUGUCUCCAAUUAAUAAUAUCUUUAAUGGAGAUAUCCCACAGGAAAUAAUAACUAAUCACAAUAUUAGUAUUGUAUAGUAUUGUUUAAAAUAUUUUUCACGAUUACGAGUUCCUACGCUAGGGUUAGGUAUAGUGUGUGAUACGAAUACAGCAAGAGUUAAUUAUGAUCAAGCUAGUUGACUUGUUAAAUUGAAUUAUUUUUUAAAUAUUUAUUUAAUUUUUGUUUUAUAAAAAUGUUGUGUUAUUUUUUUUUAUCACAAUCUUAAAUUAAUAUUAUAUUUAUACAUACAUAUUCAUACAAGUCAUAGAGAUUUUUUCAGGAGACAAUUUUUCUACUAGAUAUAUUCCCAUUAGAGAUAUUUUUUCCUGAAUACAUUCUUAACGGGAGAUAUUUUGUUCGAGAUAUUUUAUAUUGGAAAAAUUUCUUACUGGAGAUAUACUUAACUGAAGAUAAUUUGUCGGAGAUAUUUUGACCUGGAACCGUGUUUAAUAACAUUUAUUUAUUUUACAGAAUGGUUUUUAAUUUUACAUAACCGAUAACCAGUUAUCAGUUCUGUAAAGUUUCGUGGAAUUUUCCAUAGAUAUAUUAAAAUAAUGGUUAAUUAUCUAGUGACAUAGCUUCUAAAGAUUCUUGUAAUACAAAAUACAAAUUAGAAUCUGUUGGCACCAAACAAUUUUUUUUUUCGACGUGUCAAGAAAUAAAAAUUGACCCUUUUGAAGGUGACACUACAAGUAUAGCAACAUUGUGAAACUAAUCUAACAACCUUGCUCAAAGUUGUUUAACAGUUAUUAGAAUUUGUUAGAAAAAACUGUAGUGCCAAGUACAUUUUCAGUACUAUUGUUAAACACGUAAUUUAUGUCCACUCUCAAAUAUUAUAUUUACAUUUCGAAGAGUCUUUUGUGUGGAGAAAAUACACUAUUUCAAAAGGUAAUGGAUACUCUUCAUUUGAAUUUUCACAGCUUAGGUUGAUAGAAAUUAUUUUGAUUUUAAUUUGAAAGAAUGUUGAGAACGGUAGUCUUGCAAAUUCGCGAAAAGGAGGUGUAAAGGGCAUGUACUCACCCAUACAAUUUAUUUCUUGAUCUGUCCCGGCUAAUAGAUUAUAAAUAAUAAUAAAAAAAAAUAAAUAAUAUUUAGUAUACAAUUAUGUUUAUGGUAACUUUUUACUAAACAUUUUUUGUUUGGUUUAAAUAAUAUUAUAAACAGCACAAUAACAAAAGACGAACAUAUUUCGUACGUGAAUGGGCCACUAUUGAAGGUAAGAAGUUGGGAAAGUAAAGGGAAAAUUGAAUGUACAUCUAUAUAUAAAAAUACAAUUCUUUCUAUUUUUACAUCAAUUAAAAUAGAGUUAUUAAAAUGUUUCACAUUAUCAAGAAGUGUUUGGACCAUGUUCCUACGUAUUGCACUAUAACUAUACCAUAUUGAAACUAAAUUUAUAACAUUAUUUUGUAUUUUUUUUAUUGUUUAAUUAGUCAUGUGAAGAAAAAAAGGGAUCAAUUUCUUCUAAAGGUUCACACAUUACAUUAAAAUUAGAUGGUACAGUUCUAUUGAUUAAGAUUGGUGGAUAAUUAUCAAUAUUAAUUUCUUGAUCAAUUGUAAUAUUAUUUUGAACAAAGAUUAGUGGAUGGCUAUUAAUAUGUUUUUUAAAUGAAUCUAAAGAUCCAAAUAUUCAGAAACAAUUAGGUUGUUUGCAUUUAAAUUCUUUUAUACUAUUAGGAUUAUGAAAUAUAUUUAAAUGUAUUAAUAAGUGAUUUUAUAGACCAAACUGAGUCUCACACAAAAAACAAUGAAAAAUAUUUAACAAAACUUCAAAUGGAUACUUAAGGGUCAAAGUAUGGAAGCUUUUGAAAUAAACAUCAAACGCCUUCAAAAUGAUUCUUACUUUGAAAUGAGUCGUUUUUAUGAUUGUGUAAAAUAAAAAUGGAUUAUUAGAUGAUUGUUCAUUAACUUAACAUUUUUAACAAUGGCCGCUCUCAUAUCCAGUAUCAGUUCUUUUUUUUAUUUAAAACCAAAAUUAUUUUAGUUUAGGUAGAUAUAUACUAUAGUGAGCACUUAGCAAAAUUAUAAAAAAUAUCGUAUUAACUAAUAACUUAUCUUAUUUUUUAUACGUGAUGUACACCAAUUUACGUUGUUAUUUAUUAGUUAAUUUUUAAAUUGUAUUUAUUUUCAUACUUCCUAUAUAGAUUAAGUAUAACUAUAAACAUAAUUAUUUAACACUCGUGCAAAUUCUUAGUAUUGAAUCUUUUAAUAUUCAAACUUUCAAAACUGAUUUAUAAAUACUGAGGUAUAAAAAUAACAUACAGUAGAACUUUAACUAAACAUCACUAAUAAUAAUUAAGUGUACAAUGUAUAUACUAUGUACAUAAUAUGAUGUAUGUAUGUACCUACCAUCUAAAUAAAACAAUCUAUUGACUGAUAAUUUAAUAUAUAAUUUAUGAUUUUGACUACAAUGGAUAACAAAAGGUAAUCAGUUUUGUUGUAAUAGUUAUACAUAAUCAAAUUUUAAAAAUACGUAUUAUUUAAUUAUUACAUUCAUUAGUUUUGGUUUACAACAAGGGUAUUAAGUGUCUAUAAAUUUAAAUUUCAAAUAUAAAUUAAACAUUUAUCAGCAAUAACAAUAUCAAUAACUACUUAUUAAUUAUUAUUUAUUUAUAUGAAUCUAACAAGUUCUUACCUUUAGAGCUUGGUCUAACUUGAGCUAACCUCGAGAGCUAACCUGUUUAUUUCACAUAUAAAAUAAACGUACACGGAUACAAUACCUACAACGGGAGGUAUGUUUAGUCCGUAAAAAUAAUUAUAAAUGGCAAUAAAAGAAAAUUUAUAUUUUGAGUUUUGGUGUUCAAUACUGUUCAUAGUUCCAUACCAUACUUCAUAAUAAUAAUUUCAACCGGUAAACUAAUAAGGCGGCGAGUCGCUAUAGAGUGCUGAUCUGGAAUAUCAACAUUUCCAGGAUUUAUAAAAAUAGGAUUUACAAUUGUUUUUUUGAUACUAGAACUAUAUAUUAUAGUAUAAAUAAAUACAAAUUAUAAUAGGUACAACUAUUCAAUUAUCAUGCUGAAUUAUUCCUAAAAAAAAUAUUUAACGAAAUUAUAGUACUGGUAAUUAUAAACUUGCAACUAUAUAUUUUUAUUUAUGCCUACUAAACUCGUUAAACAGUGGUUACUACAAUAUAGUUAUACUAAAUUUAAUAUCUUUAACUAUAAAUUCAUAAUUUUUCGUGAUAUGUGUUUGGUGCCACUAUUAGAAUUAUUACUUAUAAGUAAUCUCUUAAAGUUUUAUGAAUACCUAUGUGACUAUGUAUUUUGAUACAUUCUAUAUCAUGGGUGGCCAAACUUUUUUGAUAAAGAUCUACUUAGAAUAUACUUUUCCUUUGAGAAUUGACUUUCUAACAAAAACGUAUAAUUAUAAAUUAUCUAAUAGAUAUGAAUUAUGAACAUACACAUAUAAAUAAUAAUCUAGAAUAUAAACCUGAUAUAUAGUUAAACAUUUUUUUUCAUUACACUAUUAUUAAGAGUAAUAUAGUAGGUAUUAUAAUAAAUAUAAUUGCUAGUAUAAACACUAUUGAAUUGUAUUAUAAUCAGAAAUUAAGAUUUAUUUACUAAUUACAUAAAAAUAAACUCUAACAAAAGAGAGAUCAACCAUUUGGCCAUCCCUGCUCUACACUAUAGGUAUUAUUAUUUUUUAAAUGUUUAUUUGAUUUUCCACAAAGUUGUUUAUUAUUGUUCACUAUAAUAAUAAUAAAAAACAAUUAAUGAUAUAAUUAUAUGCUAUACAUUAUAUAAUUACAAUUAUUAUUAUAGUUCACUAUUCCUUGAAUGUUUCUACAGUUUACAAAUUGGUAUAAGAACCUUGUUAAUUUUUUAAACUGCUUUCUUCUAACCUUUUAUUAUGAAAUUAAUGUCAUAUGUAAAAUUGUUAUUUCUUAGUUAUGACCAGAUGGCUGCGUGAAGAAGGACAAAGUUUACCUUAUAAUUGGAAAAAUGCGUGACAUCAAACUUUCAUUUUUACUAGUAUACCUAUGUUAAUAAAAAUAGGUAUUCCGUAUGUUUAUAAAUUAUUUGUAGAAUUUGAUUGUAACAAAUAAAAAAAUAAUUUUUCUCAAUACAUAUACCUAAUAAAACAUGUUUACCUAUUUGGAUAUCGAAAUAUAAGAUCAGUGACGUACAUUUGGUGGUGCAAAGGUAGCAGCUGCACCACUACAUUUGAAAUGUGGUGAUAUAAGUUUAUAUUUUUCCACCACCAGAAAAUCAUAAAAAUGUGUAUACCUAUAGUUUUUAUUUUCAAAAGUGUAUAUUUUUAUUAAACAAAAACCUAU